CAAACAUGUUGAAAGCAGGUAUUCAUACGAGGUUUCCGCUGAAAUUAAAACCAAUAAAUCAAACAUAAAAUCUUCUUGUAAAGGGAAACUAACUUUUGUUGAGGAAAGAUGGCGCUUUUCCCGUCGGUUGUUGCUAUAGCAUUAUGCAUAAUCGCAAACUGUGUCAUGGUAACAGACUGCAGUUCAUACCACGUGGCAUUUCUUGGUCGAACAACCAUCAAUUCAAACAGCAUAGGGUCAUUACUUUAUCCGACAAUGAACCCAAACCCUAUUAUCUCUUCUGCUGUGGAAAACUGUACAUCAAGCAUUACACCUACAAGUAUUGCGGCAACAUCGUUCACAGAGGUAUCGUUAAACGCUCCAUCUUGUGAACAACUUAUUCCAGCCGGAAACGAGAUACAGGCCACUGGUAUUAAGGUGGAAUCUACGGCAGACUUCAUUCUACAUGUGUAUCAAACAGGAAGCGCAAACAUGAUGACGAAAGAAGGCUACCUUGCGAUUCCGGAUGAACAUUUAGGGAAUGAGUAUUACGUCGUCACUUACUGUACUCUUGGUGGCUUCUGUCAGUUUGCUGUGGUCGGCAUCGCUAGUGAAACACAAGUCAAUAUUAUAUUUCCAGACAAUGUUACUUCAUCUAUGGUUUGCGUUAAUGACGUUCAGGUACCGACAGAUGCACCGCCUGGUUUUCCAGUUACCUUCAUAAUAAAAGAAAACGAAGUUAUUCAUUUUGAGAGUGAACAUGACUUAACUGGCACGUACAUUUUUGCAGACAACAACGUGGGUGUGGUUUCAGGGGCACGGGAUGUUCCAACUUCACAAUCUGGAAAUACUUUAUCUAACCUGAUAGAGCAACUACCACCAGUGAUGAAAUGGGGUUAUUCAUUUGUAGCUGCUCCAAAUUAUUUAAACGAUGCGGGAGACAUUGUUAAAAUUGUAACUAGCUCGACAGACACUAUUGUUGGUAUAUCGGGCGUUUCGCCAUUUAAAUUACCAAAUAAAGGUGAAUUUAUUGAAUUUCGAAUCGACUGGCAAAUGCACAGCCAUAUAGAAUCUUCUAAACCAAUACUGAUCCUGCAAAUAAUGUCCGUUGACUUAUACAAUGAAUCCAGCGAUGUAACAGGAGUGCCAUCUAUGGUACUUGUGCCACAUGUUCACCAAUGGACAACCGCUGACAAUCCAUUUUACUGCUUGUCGUCGACUAUCAAUCAAACUUUGAUAGCUGUUGUCACAGAUACGGACUCUAGCUAUUCUAUUCCAGUAAUACCAACUCCGGAUGUGUUCUUCUCGAGUUGGUCGGUCAUUGAAGGGACUGACUUUAGUGUUCAAAUUUUUGAACCAAUUACUGCAAGCACCACAGUUUAUGGACCAACUCGAUCAAGCUAUGGCUAUUGCGAUGGGAGCUCGUCUCUAUUAUUGAAUGCUGACUGGAGCUGGAGUAACCAGGCAUGCGUAUCAUCUGUUGUGUCACCUGGAGAUAACGUGGAUAAUGAUUGUGACGGUGAUAUUGAUGAAGAUAAUUGUAUAGCUGAAGAUCUUGUGACUGUUUUUACGUCGACACAGGAUGAAGAAAGCGGUAACGUAACAUACAAGACCAUGACAUUAAACGGAACAAAUUAUGUUAAAAUUAAUAUCAUUUCUUGUGAUGUUGCAAGGAUAAGACUUGAAAUAGAUAAAGAACUUCCCCAAACAAUGAAUAUAGAGAUAUCAAUAUCUGCUAUCGUUGUACAAUUGUGUGGAGAUUUUUGUUUAGAGGCGAUAGUACAAGCACAAAGUGUGUCAAAUUGCUCUGCACCGCAGUCUUACAUGUUGCAAUGGAACAACUAUUUAACUUUGCAUACGACCACCUCAACGUAUACUUUCUAUGACAAUAUUCCACUGGCAAACGACUAUGACAAACUAAUGUUGUCAGCACUCGGAAAAUCAGCCACUUUUGAAAUAUGUGCUCCGGACACGCAAGGUUCAAACUUCAUUCUCCCUGUUCAUAACACUGACACUGGGUUCAUUGCAAUGCUGUCAACGAGUGGAGAUGUAAUUGGUACAGUCAAGAUCCAACUAGACGUUUCUAGUUCUCUUACUCCAAUAGAAAUGCUGGCAAAUGAAACGAAGCAAAUAUAUAACACAGAUAUUACAGAAGCUACCUAUAGCAAA